AUGGCCUCCCUCCGCUCCACGUCGCGAUUGUUCGCUGCGUCACGGCCUCUGUUCCGCCCUGCUACCUUCGCUCGCUCGUAUGCGACCGUCGAGACGAAGAAUGUCGACCCUAUUCCCUCCGAGACUCCUAGCAUGAAGACCUUCAAGGUCUACCGCUGGAACCCGGACAAGCCGACUGAGAAGCCCACCAUGGAGAGCUACCAGCUCGACCUCAAGAAGACCGGUCCUAUGAUGCUGGACGCUCUCAUUCGGAUCAAGAACGAGAUUGAUCCUACCCUGACUUUCCGUCGAUCCUGCCGUGAGGGUAUCUGCGGUUCCUGUGCCAUGAACAUCGACGGUGUCAACACCCUGGCCUGCUUGUGCCGUAUCCCCACCGACACCGCUCAGGAGUCUCGCAUCUACCCCCUGCCUCACACCUACGUCGUCAAGGACCUCGUCCCCGAUUUGACUUUGUUCUACAAGCAAUACAAGUCGAUCAAGCCCUACCUCCAGCGUGAUACCCCCACAGCAGAUGGUCUUGAGAACCGCCAAAGUCCCGAGGAACGCAAGAAGCUCGACGGCCUGUACGAGUGCAUUCUCUGCGCCUGCUGCUCCACCUCCUGCCCUUCAUACUGGUGGAACAGCGAGGAGUACCUUGGUCCUGCCAUUCUCCUCCAGUCCUACCGUUGGUUGGCUGACUCGCGUGACGAGCGCACCGCCGAGCGCAAGGCGGCUCUUGACAACAGCAUGAGCGUCUACCGCUGCCACACCAUUCUCAACUGCACACGAACCUGCCCCAAGGGUCUGAACCCUGGCCGCGCCAUCGCUGAGACCAAGAAGAUGCUGGCCGCAUAG